CUCGUUUUCAAUUUCUGUCCAACUCCAUUUUUCUGCAUAAAAACAAAACAGACAAAACAGAAGGGUUACUUACAGGGAGUUACAGCAACCAAAAAAAAUCGAACCAUAUAAAAACCUGAAACAAUCGGCGAAAGGACAAAAAGACUUAGCGACGGCGGCUAGACGGCAGAACGGCGAGCGGAGAAAGGCGUGGUGGAGGUCCGGCGAGCAGUGAAAGACGAGCGAGCGGCGACUGCGUGCUGCGAGCGUUGAGGCGGCGCACGUCGAUCGAGAGCGGCGACCGGCGAGGCGGCGGCACGGCAUAGAGUGACUCCGACUCCGAGCGGUGAAGCAGCCCGCUGCCCGUGGCGUUGUUGGGCCGGGCUGGUCAUAUGGAGGCCCACCAGGAUAGAGACCCGGCCCGACAUACUGCGGGUUUUGACUGCAGCUCCUAAAAAUGUAUUCAGUAACUGCGGCUCCUUAAAAUGUCAAAUUUGGCAUCCGAAUGAAAUUUGACUGCUCCACAGUUGAUAUCUGCGUUUAUAGUCUCCACUCUCUACCUGCAUUUGCUCCUGCGAAGAUUUCACAUUCCAACCAGAUCUAAUUCGAUAUUCAAUUGCUGACAAAUGGCAGUGGUUGCUUCUGCUCCGGGAAAAGUUCUGAUGACAGGUGGAUAUCUUAUUCUCGAGAGGCCUAAUGCAGGGAUUGUACUUAGUACAAAUGCCCGAUUUUAUGCUAUUGUCAAGCCGCUAUAUGAGGACCUUAAACCUGACAGUUGGGCAUGGGCAUGGACAGAUGUGAAACUGACAUCUCCUCAGAUGGGUAGAGAAACUAUGUAUAAACUGUCUCUCAAGCAUCUGCAGCUACAGUGUGUAACUUCAAGUGAUUCAAGAAACCCAUUCGUAGAAUAUGCAUUGCAAUAUGCUAUAGCAGCAGCACAUGCAACAUUUGACAAUACUAAGAAGGAGGAGUUACAUAAACUUUUGUUGCUAGGUCUUGACAUUACGAUUUUAGGCUGCAAUGAGUUCUAUUCAUAUAGAAAUCAGAUUGAAGCACGUGGCCUGCCUCUAACUCCCGAUUCACUGGUUUCUCUCCCACCUUUUACUUCAAUUACCUUUAAUGCAGAGGAAUCUAGUGAACAAAAGAGCAAACCCGAAGUUGCCAAAACUGGAUUGGGCUCGUCUGCUGCUAUGACAACUGCGGUUGUUGCUGCUUUACUUCAUUACCUUGGAGUGGUCAAACUUUCCUUAGAAAAUAGUUCUCUUCCUGGGGAUCAAGUCUCGAAGGAAUUGGAUGUCGUGCAUAUCAUAGCUCAAACUGCUCACUGUAUAGCGCAGGGUAAAGUCGGUAGUGGUUUUGACGUGAGCUCUGCUGUUUAUGGAAGUCAAAAGUAUAUCAGAACAUUGGAGGGUGUGGUAAUGUCGGAACAUGCUUGCUUUAUCUUGUGUUCGUCUCCUGGAAAAUUGAUUGCUGAUGUAUUGCAGGAUGCUGCUCGAGGGCUUUCAAUGCAAGAGGUCAUAGGAGAUGUGCUAAAAGCCAACUGGGAUCACAAGAGGACGAAUUUUCAAUUGCCACCGAUGAUGUCACUGGUACUUGGAGAACCAGGAACAGGGGGAUCCUCAACACCAUCAAUGGUUGGUGCUGUAAAGAAGUGGCAAAAAUCUGAUCCUCAAGGCUCGUUCGAAAUAUGGAAAAAGUUGUCGGAAGCGAAUUCAGCACUUGAAAUGCACCUCAACACCUUAAGCCAAUUGGCAGAAACAAAUUUCGAUGCUUAUAGAAUAACCAUUGACAAAUGCAGCAAACUUACGUCUGAAAAGUGGGCAGAGGGAGCUGUGGGGCCAUACCAAAUAGAAGUGAUUAAAGCACUUUUAGGAGCUAGAGAUGCCAUGCUGUCAAUCCGGACUAAUAUGCGCAAGAUGGGUGAGGCUGCCGGAAUUCCUAUAGAGCCCGAAUCACAAACCCGUUUGCUAGAUACCACGAUGAAUACAGAAGGAGUUCUAUUGGCUGGUGUUCCCGGUGCAGGUGGAUUUGACGCGGUUUUUGCCAUUACCUUGGGAGCUUCAAGCAGCAAUGUCGUGAAGGUUUGGAGUUCGCUCAAUGUUCUGGCCUUGCUAGUGAGAGAAAAUCCACGUGGCGUUCAUCUAGAGACCAAUGAUCCAAGAACUACCAAGAUUACUGACUCGGUUUCUAAUAUUCAUAUCGGGCAUUGGAUGGUGUUGGAGCUUGAAAGAUAUUCAGGAGGUUUUGUUCAUGGUUCAUUAUUCUUCAAUGAGUUUGGCAUCUAUGUGUUCAUGUAUUGA